AUGUCCCAGCGACACUCGGACAGCUCCCUGGAAGAGAAGCUGCUGGAAUACCGCUUCCACUCCGAGCUGCGGCUCGAUGCCAGAGGGAACCCAGCAUCCGGGCUCCCCAUGGUGCGGGGCGCCCUGCAGCUCAGGGACAACGAAGGCUUCCAGCUCGAUACCCCGGUGCCCCCCGCUGUGUCCCCUAAGGACGAGGAGCCACGGGCUGUCGUCCUGAGCACGCAGAGCCCCGCGGCCCUCAAGAUGGGCACUCAGCAGCUGAUCCCCAGAAGCCUGGCCGUGUCGAGCAAGGCCAAGACCCCGGCCCGCCACCAGAGCUUCGGGGCGGCCGUGCUCAGCAAGGAGGCCGCCCGGCGGGACCCCCGGCUCCUGUCAGCCCCCAGCUUCUCCCUGGACGACAUGGACGUGGACGCGGGCCCCGGGGGGGCGCUGAGACGGAACCUACGGAACCGAUCCUACCGGGCGGCCAUGAAGGGCCUGGAGGCGCCGGGCGGGGAGAGGGGCCCCCUCCAGCUCAGCCCCAAGCUCCAGGCCCUGGCGGAGGAGCCCAGCCAGCCUCCCGCUCGGUGCCCGGCCAAGAAUAAGAGGACGCUGGGGCGGAAACGUGCACACAAGGGCUCCUUCAAGGACGACCCCAGGUUCUACCAGGAGAUCCGGGAGCGGGGCCUCAACACCAGCCAUGAGUCUGACGACGACCUGCUCGACGAGCCGUCCAGCCCCGACGGAACCGGGAAGGCGGACGCCCCCAUCGUGGUCAAGAGCUACCGGCCGGCGCAGAUCACCUGGAGCCAGCUCCCGGAGGUGGUGGAGUCCGGCAUCCUGGACAGGCUGCCUGCUGAGGAGCGCAAGAGGCAGGAAGCCAUCUUUGAGAUCCUCACGUCGGAGUUCUCGUACCAGCACAGCCUGGGCAUCCUGGUGGCCGAGUUCCUGCAGUCCGGGGAGCUGCAGGCAACGAUGACCCAGAUGGAGCGUCAUCACCUCUUCUCCAACAUCCUGGACGUCCUGAGCGCCAGCCAGAGCGGCCACGUGGUUGCCUCUGAGCUCCCCAGGGCCUCUGGCUGGCCGUCGCUGUCCUGGGGUGGGACGUCCGGCCUCCUGAGGCGCAGCGGCCUCCUGUCCGUGGCCGAGGCCGAGUCACGGCUGAUCUCGGAAGGGAGCCCCAGGGGGAAGCAGGGCCUGGGGGGUCCCUACCAGGGAGCCCUAGAGCAGCGGCACAAGGCGCAGGUGUGCGUGGAGGACAUCAGCGACAUCCUGGAGGAACAUGCGGAGCAGCAUUUCCACCCCUACGUCGCCUACUGCUCCAACGAGGUCUACCAGCAGCGCGCCCUGCAGAGGCUGAUGAGCAGCAACGCCGCCUUCCACGAGGCCCUGAGGGAGAUCGAGAAGCGUCCCGCGUGCGGGGGUCUCCCCAUGAUCUCCUUCCUCAUCCUCCCCAUGCAGAGGGUGACCCGGCUGCCCCUCCUGACGGACACCCUCUGCCUCAAGAGUCAGGGCCACCCUGAGAGGUACAAGGCCGCCAGCCGUGCGCUCAAGGCCAUCAGCAAGGUGAGGAGGGCAGGGAUCGGUGCCCACCCGGCCUCGGUACAUCCUCGCCCACACCCCGCCCCCCGACCGCCCCGACUCAGGCACCUCCCCGUCCCUUCCCUCCAGUCCCUCCCGCUGAUCUCUGCCUCCCGCUGGCUGCUGAAGCGUGGGGAGCUCUCUGUGGUGGAGGAAACCGGGCUUUUCCGAAAACUGGCCAGCCGGCCCACGUGCUACCUGUUUCUGUUCAACGACGUCCUGGUGGUCACCAAGAAGAAGAGCGAGGACAGCUUCGUGGUGCAGGACUACGCCCAAGUGGACCACAUCCGGGUCCAGAAGACGGAGGCCUCCGACCCCUCCCUGCUGGGGGGCGGCGGCAGCCGCGGCUCCUCCGUGCCGCACCCCUUCCAGGUGACCCUGCUGCACAACAGCGAGGGCCGCCAGGAGAAGAUCCUGCUGUCGUCCGACUCCGCGAGUGACCGGGCCCGCUGGAUCGUGGCGCUCACACACAAGGAGAGGCAGAGUCCCGCCAACAAAGGAGACCUGCCCCAGGUGGAGGUCACCAAGGCCUAUCUGGCCAAGCAGGCGGACGAGAUCACCCUGCAGCAGGCGGAUGUGGUCCUGGUUCUGGAGCAGGAAGACGGAUGGUUCUACGGCGAGAGGCUGAGAGAUGGGGAGACGGGCUGGUUCCCCGAGGACUUCGCCCGAUGCAUCACCAGCCGCGUGGCCGUGGAGGGCAACGUGCGCAGAAUGGAGCGCCUGCGCGUGGAGACAGACGUGUAG